UUUUAGUUUGUUAAAAUGCAGUGGCCAGAGCAUUACGUAAAAAAUAAUGGUAUGCAACGGAAAAAUUCCGAAGAUAACUUUAAUAUAUACAUUAAAAAAAUGGUUUGGAAAUCAAAUGAAAUAGUUUUGGACAUAGGAUGUGGACCAGGCGACGUAAUCUCGGAUAUUCUUUAUCCUUUAUUAAAGAAUAAUAUCAAACAGUUGGUUGGUGUUGAUAAAUCAAUAGAAAUGAUAGAAUAUGCUAAAAAAACAUAUGGAUGCUCUAAUAUAGAUUUCAAAGUCCUGAAUAUUGAAAAUGCCAAUGAUUGCUCUUUGUAUUCAAAUAGAUUUGACAAAAUAUUUUCAUUUUUAUGCCUUCACUGGGUUCAUAAUAAAGUUAAUUCCUUGUGUAAUAUGUAUUUAAUGUUGAAAAGUGGCGGAGAACUUUUGUUAAACUUCUUGUUAACUAAUCCAUUAGUUGAGUUGUAUACACAUUUGGAUGCAGAAUGGCAAAAAUAUAUUAAAGAUCUAAAAAAAAUGCCGUAUGGUUUAUAUUCACGAGAUGAAACGAGAGAAGAUAUAAUCAAGGCUGGAUUCCGAAUUAUUAAUUUUGAAUCAAGUGUCAAAAAAUAUACAUUUCCGAAUUUAUCAUCAUUUAUAGAUACCCUUAAACCAGUAGAUGAAAUGUACGAUUUUUUGCCAGAACACUUACAUGACAGAUAUGCAGCACAUGUUAAAGAAAAAUUAUGUCAGACACAAAUAGUUGAAAUAUGUCCAAUUACAGAAAAAACAAUUUUUAAAUAUAUUCCUAUUACUGUGCAUGCAAUCAAAGAUUAAAAUUUAAAAUAUGAAUAUUAAA